AAAGAAAAGCGAUUAAGCGAGAUGAUGGAACCUGCUCCUCCCUAGUUGCAAGAGAGGAGAAGCACUUUUUGUGAGCAACAAACCACUCACCAUUCCACCAUUCACUCACUCACAUACUCACUUCCUCUCUCAGCUCCCAUCUUCCACUUACACUCACUCACUCACACUUUUCUUUCCUUCGCUUCCUCUCUCUCACACACAUAUUAUCACUUUCACAAUACCCAUCCUUCAAUCAAACCCUUUCCAAUGUAUAGAAAAUAGAACAAAAAGGAACAGAGAUUCCCCUUCAAUUAAACCAUUCUGAAAACUAGGGUUUUCAUUUUCCCCUUUUCUCUUUAUGUUGUUCUUCUCCUGAAAUAGAAAAAAAGAAGGGGGAUGAUGAAGCGGAUGGUGGGUGGGCCAGGUACGAGGAGUGGGUUCUUCUUGAGAUUAGGGCAAUGUGCGUUUGGUUGUGCUUCAAUUGGCCUAAUGGUCACAGCAGCUGAAUUUUCUAACUUCACUGCUUUCUGCUAUUUAAUUGCAUCAAUGGGACUUCAAGUUCUCUGGAGCUUUGGACUUGCAUGUCUUGAUAUCUAUGCCUUGAGGAGAAAAAGAGACCUACAAAAUCCAAUUCUUGUCAGCCUGUUUGUUGUUGGUGAUUGGGUAACAGCUACUUUGUCGCUAGCAGCUGCUUGCUCAUCUGCAGGAAUCAUAGUUUUAUACGCAAAAGACCUGGAUUUCUGCAAGAAGCACAAGAGUAUUCCAUGCCAUAGGUACCAGGUUUCUGUAGCCAUGGCAUUUAUCACGUGGUUUUUUACAGCAAUGUCAUCACAUGUGAUGUUUUGGAUCUUAGCAUCAGUCUAGAUCGACCCGUUUCGCAUGCUAGACAGAGAUGAAGACCAUACACAUCCCAGUGUCUUUGAAAGAUCUUGUAAAUCCAUGUAUCAGACCUUAUGAUGACAUUUGGGGCAAAAAAUUUUCCUUAUUGAUUUUGCUUCUUUUUGUUUUAAUCUGACCGGCCACGACUCUCGGUUUAGAUGUAGAUGCUGGUUUACUAAGCUUCAGGUAUGAAUUUGUUAUCUUGUAUUGUCACGAACAUGUCAUGCUUGAGCUGCAUGCAUUCCAUAUUAUAUAUGAUCAUAUUCAAUCA